UGGGGCGUUGCAAGAGAUGACGCGGAGCAGCCGCCAAAAUCAAAAGUCUGUUUUGCUUUUAGCGCAAAGAAAGCGACAUUUUCAAGAACAAAAUAGGUUAAAGUGACUUUAAGAAACAUGCAGGGAGCGUCCACGAAAGGUGUUUUGAGUCAUCUGAGUCUACUGGAGGUUCAGGCAAGGAGCCGUAAAGCUCAACCUCGGCAGCAGCAGAGUCGUGUGAAGGAGAUGAAGGUUAAAGUGGAAGAGCUGAUCAUGCAGAGAGACCAGCUGAGAGCAGAGAUUCAGACACACCAGAAUCUCCAGAAACUGAGGAUGUCUAUGGACAAACAGUGUGCACAUGAAGAAGACGAGGAAAUGGAUGAAGACUCUGAGGACUCACAGAUUUUGCGUCUGAUGGCCAGACAUACACAACUGAAAGACCUUCUGCAUGCUCAUCACCUCAUUGGCGGGUACGACAUCAUAAAGACUUCUCAAGGUAAAGGAGUGUGCGUGUCUCUGGCGACUGCCUAUGAGGGAACUUACUUAGACACGUACAACCUGGAGAUUGACCUGAAGCCAACUCUGAGGAUCAGUCGCCAUAACAUCCCCUCGUUCAUCCCCCUGAACAGCCUGGCUGAACAGAGCAACAUGCAGACAGACAUCAGGGGUUUUCUGAACACCCUCAGCCAACAUCUCAACGCCUUCGCAAGUCGCAAGCAGCAGCUCAAGCUUGUUAAGGAGCUGUUCCAUAAGUCUGUUGAGGUGCUGGAGAGUAAUGUUUUAUGUUCAAUACUGGUGUUGAUGUUCACCGUGCCAAGAGAAAACACUGCAGUACUCUGCAAGCUGGAGUACACGGAUCACACAAGAUGCCUUCCCACACAAGUCAACUUUGAAUGUGAAGACGAGAAGCUUCCCGAGUCUCCUCAGUGGAAGGAAAACUGCACCUUACUCAUGGAGACUCCUGUGCACCAAGCUUUGAUAACCAUGAAGAAGAUGGGGAAAAUUGCUUAAUUUAUUCAGAAACGAGGCGUUGGAUAUGUAUAAAACUGAGUACUGUUUGUGCGUUUUAAUGAAAAAUAAUGUAUAUACUUAAUUUGUGUUGUUUAUGAUGAAACACUAUCAGUUAAAUGCUUUCUUUUUAGUUGAGGUAUUGGAAGUGUAAGUACAGAUUAAAGCGUUUUUCCAGACUUCCUCUAUGGAGGUUGCACAAUUAAUUCCAUUUGACUUUUGUCCUUGAGAUUUUCAAUAAAUGCUGUGACCUUCAUUUGUAAA